AUGGUCUACUUGCAUCUGAAAACUACUUGCAAAGAAGUUCCAAUCAGUGAUAUCAUAGCCACCGGCCAACUUAAAUUUUUCGCCAAUUUGUCAGAAAAUUCUACUGAGUUCCGAGGACAAAACAAAGAGCGUUUCCGUUUUCUUCACAAUGGAAGAUUGCUAAGCGAAGAAAAUCUAAAAAAUGUCGAUGAUAAUAACUCGAUUCGUGUGAUUUUGCUGCCGGAGUCCAAAAUCAAGAAACCAUCCACUAAUGAUGAUCGUAAGAAGAUUGACUCUGAACUCUCUCAAAUCGUCGCUCCAUACAAAAACCCCGAAGAUCGCCGCAACCAUGGUUUCGCACACGACUUCGCUCUGCCUGAUCACAUGACAAAAAUCAUGAAAGCUCAUCCACGUCUAGUAUUCGAUAGCGAGUUUAUCUCUGUGCUCCAGGAUUGGUACAUGUUCCGUGGACAUUGCGUUCGAAACACUUUCAAGGGAAAAGAGGAUCGUGGCGGGUUCAAAUACUCGAAUCCAGAGUUCCUCGCCGUCGUCAAAGAGCUUCUGGCUACCAUUGGCGCUCGAUAUGGAUUCUCUCAAAAUGAGCAAUUCAGACCAGUUCAAAGGCCAGGUGGUCAGCAGCAAGGAGCUCAACCGAUAACCCAAGCUCUCUUGCAAAAUGCUCUGCAAGCUGCUCUCGCCGGAGUUGCAGCUGCUCCACCAACACGUCAAGCAGCUCCACCGGCUCCUGUUCAAGCCCAACCUCCUGCUUUAGAUCAACAGGAAGACGAGCCAAUGCAGCAAGGAUACGAGCAGCAAGUUGCCCAACUCCAAGAGUACGGUUUUGAAAACCGCGAACUAAUUCUACUGGCUCUGGAACAAACCGAUGGGAACGUAGAAGCAGCUGCAGAGCUUCUGAUAGACCUUCAAAGUUAA